UCUCUUGUCGACCUGUAACUUUAACAUUGCCUACAUGCACAGGUUCAUGAUUUUGGAUAGCUUAUAGCUUUUUAUCGCUGUCAUUUCAUUAAAAAGCGGAAAUGAUUUGAUAACCCAAAACAAUAUUUCCUCCAAGUAAAAGUCCCAUCAUCCAAAGCGCUUUAUUAUUUGAAAAGAUGGCGGCGCCCAUGCCAAAAUUUCCCGGGAUGUUCCCAGGCGAGUCUUCCAGUGAUUCCUCACGAAACAAACAAGACACAGCUGCAGGUGCAGGUGCAGAAGGCGGUCAUCAGAAACCCUGUCGGACCUGCACUGAUUUCAGGACCUGGAUGAGAAUGCAGGGGAAAAUGCCGCCCGCACGAAGUAAGCCCCAGGGUGAGGAGGAAGAGGAGAAAGACCCUGAGUGUCCCCUGGACAGGGAGGAGCUGGGGAGGAACACCUGGUCCUUCAUGCACACCAUGGCUGCAUACUACCCAGACAAACCCUCCUCCACCCAGCAACAAGAGAUGUCCCAGUUCAUCCACCUCUUCUCCAAGUUCUUCCCGUGUGAGGAGUGUGCAACAGACUUCAGGGAAAGAUUGAAGAGCAACCCCCCUGAUGUGGCCAGCAGACACAACCUGUCCCAGUGGAUGUGUGAGGCACACAAUGAUGUCAGCAGGAGGAUUGGAAAGCCAGAGUUUGACUGUUCCAAGGUGGAUGAGAGAUGGAGAGAUGGCUGGAAGGAUGGGUCGUGUGGUUGACAAGUCAUAAACUAUUGUCCAUUUGUUUCCUAUCAACAUUACCACCAACAAUGUGCAAUAUCUGUAGUGUAAGGUACUGGUGUAAUGAAUGCAAGGAAUGUCAGUAAUACACAGCAUUGUUAAAAGUCUGGACAAUAUGAAGUAACAUUUUCAGACAGGAGCUGUUGUGUUGUAAUAAGACAUGCCUAUUGUGAAAAUCUCAGGAGUAACGUGUGUCAAGUCAUCCAACAAUUUAUUAAUUUAAAAGUAACAAAUCUUAUUAAUUUUAUCAUUAAAUGGAUUUGUAAUUCUUGUGUUACAACAUAAAUCAUCAUACAAUAUUGCAGUAUCAAUAAAAUCUUUACACUAUUCA